AUAAAUAUAAACCCUAAUCUUCUCCAACUCUUCUCCUACAACAAAGCCAAAAAAGAAAACCCUAAAGUCUUCCUCUAGAUAUGGAACCAAGCCCACCCUUUAUCACCAAGAAGCUAUCUAACUUGGCUCGUUUAAGUGUAUUCAUGAUAAGAAAAGGGUUCUCAAAGGGCAAGCUAGUGCUUGACGACCUUCAAUUCUUAAUGAAACGUGGGAAGAUCGUGGGAAAAGCAUUAAACGAGGCAUCACUGAGUUGCAGGUCACGUGACGUGCAUCUUUCCUUCGUAUCACCAAUGGAGUACGAGUUCAGCUGCCGUACAAGUCCGUCGCAUCAACCUUACGUCCCCUUCAAUGGCAGAAAGCGAAAAGCUGCCGCCCGUUACCGUUACUACGCAGGGCGGCCUCGGGGGGGAGACGGUGUGGUUUUGGGAGCAAUGGGGUGUAGAGAUUCGGGUGAUUACGUGUCGCCGAAGCCAUUAAAAGGAAGGAGAGUGCAUAUUAGUAGGGAGUUGCCAUUGGUGUUGAAGGAUCAUGAAGAUGAUGAGGAUGAAUACCGUGUAGAUGAAGCGGCUGAGGAGUUUAUUCAAAGCUUUUAUACGCAACUAAGGUUGCAGAAAUGGUUGGCUGUCAUGGAAGCAACCGAUUACUAUGGCUAAAAACCCUAAAAAAUUGUAUAAUUUUGGAAGUUUAUAUAUAUGUUGAUCCUUUGAUCUUUAGGGGAAACAAAUUCAACAGAUAUGUAACAUAUGUAACAUUUCAGCAAAGGUUUUUAACGACAAAGUUGUUCUUUCCUGCUAUCUUUGUCCCUUUGGUUUUCUUUUUCAUUUUUAACUCAGAUUUGAUUCUGGGUAUUUUGUAUUUAAGUAAUGGAUAUGAAACUUUGCAAUUAAGAAA